ACUUUUCCCGAGGAAAGAGAUUCAAUCGUCAGUGAGACAUCUGAAUCGAUGGACAUCCAGAGUCGUAAUACGAUCCAGUGCCCCCUUCUCCCUCAGCUGCCGACCCAGACGGACUUCACAGUGUACUGGACAAUCAAGAACUCAUCAGAUGGUCAAAGUCUGGAUAUCAUUGUCGCCAAGUUUCCUGAUGGUGAAAUCAUGUCAAUUCAAAAAUAUACCGAUACACACAGCAUAACUGACAAGAACGGUUUACAAGUGACAAGAUUUGGAAAACGAGACGAGGAGUAUUGUUGUCAUGUCUUCGAAAACGAGAACGACUUGAGGACUGCAUGUGUUGAUGUCACUUGGUUAGCCCUAAUGACCCAAAAGCAUCCCUCCUUAGAGGGCUGUGACUCAGCAAGCCAGAUUUGCAACGUGGAAGUCACACAACAUCAAGACUACCUGCCUCUGGCAUGUUACAUACAUGAAGUCUACCCGAAGCCUAACCUGAACUGGUCCUACACAAACUGUGAGAGAACACCAAAAUUCUUCACAGCUUCGACAUCAACAAGGAACCAGACUAACGAGUCUUUUAAUGUAAAAUCCACCGUUUACAUUGUUGAAUUGAAGCGAUCGCUGGAGCUCUGCAGCUUUACGUGCACAGCAUACGGCGAUGCAAUUACAGACCAAACAAGGUCAUCCACUGUAACGAUUAAACGUCGUAACGAAAUCACGACAACACCGAGCUUGCGUACACCAUUUACGUAUACUUGUCCGGACUGCAACGAGUCAGGCUUUGGUGUGAUUGUCUUCCUCAUGGUGUGCUUACUUGUCUUUGACCUCGGGCUUUUUCUUUUGUUGGUUUUACCAAGAAGCAAGGCGUUCCUUCUCAAUCAUGCCCUUGAUUUCCCAACAUUGCCCCGCUUUCCUAGAAUGUGCGAAUUUGUGCUAGCGAAGGAAAAGGAUUCCGAACCAAGCGGAACACAGUCAAGCGCACAAAACCCACCAACUGAAGAAGACGAAACAUGUCUGAUGAUCAGUUCUCCCGAAGAAAGUGUCAUGGAGCAGAAAGAAGAUCCUGUAUGUUUCGUGAAUCAUGGCAAUCAAGAAGUUCAUAUUGCAGACCCCAAGUUCAAAUGGAAGUACGUGGGAGAUUUAAUUAUCAAGUCUUUCCUGGACAUGAGGAAUCGUAGCGGAUUCAAGGCUAUCAAAGAUGUUAUCUGCAUGGAAGACGGCAACAUGGUGGUCAUUGACGAAAAAGGAAUGCACCAUUUCACGACGGAGUAUCAUUAUCGUUUCAUCGAUCUGGAUCAAGUUUUGAAUCACAAGACCUUCGUUUGUUUUACAAACUUUGCAUAUGACAAGUUGUUGUUUGGGUUGAAAUUGGGUAAGAUUGUUGUUGUUGACAUGGCACAAGAACAGGCAACUAACUUUGCCUCUGUCACCCCUGCAAAAGGUAAAGAGGUGCAGUUAGCUUGUAUAGCGGGAGGGGAUUCGGGCUUUGUGUUCGCAAGUGAUAGAAAUGGGAGAACGAUCUCUGUAUUUGACCAGGGUGGUAUUUGUUUUGGACGCUUUGAAACUCCGAGUAUCCAACCUUCCUCUUUGGCUGUGCAUAUUCGAAAGGGAAUCCCAGGCUUCUUUGUAACCACGGAAAUGCUAGUUAGGAAGUAUAACGUUUCUGGAGAGAAAAGGCAAUCAAUGAUAAGUCAUGAACACCAUUUGAACAUUGACAAAGAUUUCCUUAUGACCCGUGAUUUCAAACCUGGUCAUAUUUCAGUUCAAGGAAAUGAACUUCUCGUCAUUAACCAUCUUGAUGAUACCAAAUCACUUCAGAUUCUACAUCUUAACGUAAAUAAUGGCAAAUUUCAGAACAGUACGAUAGCGCAUGCACCAGGAAUUCGAGGUGUAAAGUUCAGCAGUGGUGACAAAGUGAUUCUGUACACUGACAACUCUGUGCACUUGCUUGAGAAAAGAACCGACUAACCCAAAUACCUUUAUCUUCCGAAAGAAAAUAAUUAAAUUAUAUAAAAAUAUAAUAUAAUUAAAGUCAGGUUAUUUGGCCCCUCUCAGCUGUAUACCAGGUUCGAUUGUUUUGAAACUUCGCAGACAUGCGAAGACGCUCUUAACAUUAAAGUGUAAAGUUUGAAGUCGAUCCCGCGAGCGGUAAAGUUAAAGAAAAACUGUUGCGGGUCAUUUGAAGUUCCAAGGCUGCACACGUACGAUUUUGUUGCCUGAUAGUUCUCGGAAAACUUGGUGCUCCGCCAGAACGGUAGGUUUAAUUUUCACAAAAACUGGUGUCAAAAUGACCGCAUAGAUUCACUUUAAUUUAGCAUGCCAUAAGGCUCAACUAUUGAAAAACAAUUGCACUGUGGAGAUAUUGGAAAAUGUCAAGUGUGGGUGGAGCGGAUCAGCCCCGGUUCUUCGAGGGUUCGAAGGGGACAAAAUCGUUGGAAAUUCAUAAUGUUUAUCUUGUUUUACUCUCUGACUUAUGAGACAUUAUGAACGAUAUUGUGGCGGUUUCUCCUCCGUAGUCCGCGAACCCUUGGCUCGCCAGGCCACUCAGCCCGGUCGCGGCGCCGCUCGCGCGUGAUUUGGCCAGGGUCUGGAUCCGUUUGGGUGGAAAUGUACCGCCCGUUACUGACACCAAGGACAAGGGACUCUGAACGAAAUGGCACGCCCGGCAAAGAUAUGUGUGAUACCAUCUACUUCUGGCUGGUUUAUUCACUUCCACUCACUUCCUCAAUGCGUGAGGUACCCUAACAAACUAAUGUUAUACAUUUACAAACUGCAAGGAGGGGCAUGAAGGCCCAUCGCACACCCCUUCAUUAAUUACAAACGUCCCGCCAGUACCCAAUCCUUAUGCACAAUCCAAGAUGAACUAACAGUUCGGUCACAAUCGUCCACACAUUAACUAAAUCCCGAUGCCAAAGUUGUGUCAGUCGAUUUAAUCUGAACUCCUCGGCAGCUCGGCUUAGACUGACUAAUUUUCCCCAUUCUGACAUUAUUUAAUUCCCUACCCUGUUUUCCACAGUCUUGAAAACACCAUCUUAGCACUAAGAUGCAAAACAAUGGUCCAAAAUACCCGUUUCAAUCUUUAUUCCAUGUACUAAUUUCUAUCAUACUCCGGAUAUUGUCAAACUUCCCCCCCCCCUUUUUCCAUGUUGUUGGUGCCUGAGACUUUAGAAAGUCCAAGAAUAUUUUGAAAAUCUGUUACGUCUCCACGUUGCAUUUUCGUGUGAAGGUGUUCCUGUAUGUUCACUCGAGCAUCUGUGCACGUCUGCUUGUUGGGCUUUACUGACUCAUUUUUACCGCCAGAAAGUGAAUUUAGUCAAAUAUAGUGUCAGAUUAUCAACGUUUUAUAUGAUUGUGACAAAAUGACAACGAAAUGUAUAUGAUUAGAGGAAAUGUCGAGAAGCUUAAAACUUUUUUCGAUCCAACGAAAUAUCACCGACGCAUAGCUUCAGUUCAUAGCUAAAUUCCUUAUUCUUUAUUUUUCGUUUCUUUUGUAUACGUUUUUCCCCAUGAUCCAUUCAUAUUCAAGGCCUCCCCCUUCUUUGGUCAUCCAGCUGUACCAAUCUAUCAGUAUCAAAUUAUUGAUGUUUAUUUUGUUAAAGGUGACUUGUUAAUGGGGAAGUGUACGUUAUAGCAUUGACAUGACUAAAAUCGUCUGAAAAGUUUGAAACUUUUUAAACGAUACAAAUAGUUGAAACCUCUUUUAAUAUCAUAUGCAGUCCUCCGAUCCCCAGAAUGUAUCAAAAAGUAAACACCAUUUCCUUUUGGAAUAUCUUAACAUAUUAAACGAAUACAUUGAAGCUAAAAAAAUCAAUUUUAAUUGACUUUCCAUUUGACAUUGCCUCUGAGCGUCAUCUCCUUAUGACGUUGACAAUGUCCUCUUGAGUCAAUGAAAUUUAACUCAGUAUAUAAUUUGUCACAUCGGAGAGAGUUUUGGCUUAGCGAAGCGCACUGGCUGGAGAAAAAAAACAUCAAAUUCAUCACUGCAGAAAAGAAAAACCAACAAAACGAUUAACAACAUAGCAUUUCAAGGCUAUGCUCUCUAACUCUCUGAAUGAUGAUUAUUUUAGUGCGUUUUGUAUACUCUUCCAUAUCGCUGGCUGUCGCGUGAACUUUGACCGAAGUGAUGGAUCGUUUUGUUUUGCUUGUACAAUAUUUCUCUAAUGCUGACAGAAUUUUUGAAUUUGCGAAGCAAUGCUUGUUACAUUGUGGUAAAUAAUCAUAUUUUUCAAUGUUCAUUUUGCAUUUGGUUGGCUGGGUGAAGUAGGCCAUAUGCAUAGGAUGCCUUCAUGAUUUCCUGGUUGUGGUCGGACGCGCUGCUUAUUAUUAGCUUAUUUUUCAGUAGGCCUACCCUUUGUGUAUUUUUGUCACAAUUCAACCGUAUCAUGUUGUUGCAGUUUCGAUCUGUAUAAGCCUACUUGUAUAUUAUAAUAACUACUAGAGAAAUCCUCACGCAUCACGUAUUAUCCAGCUCGGCAUAUAGUGUCUGCAGGCAAUAUGGCGCAUGGUAUUUGCUUGUACUUGUGAAGCACCACAUGUCCAUAACUCACAACCUAAGCCUAUUUGGUUAGGGAGGGGGGUACCGGACGUUAUACAAAAAUAGAAAUAAAUGCUGGUUGGUGCAUUAGACUAAGUCAACUCCAUGCAAAUGUCAACGUGCGCCAACCGUUCCUGUUCAAUGGGAACGCAUGAACAUGUACUGUGCACGAGUACACAGCAGUCAGUGAGUAAUGGUUUUUACAUUACAGUUUACACCUAUGCGCUCUAUAGUCAGGUUUAUCCACCCGACGCGAAUGUGAAAGGGUUUAAGUCGCAGCACUCUAUCUCAAGCAGGUGCAGCCGGGCGACAAUAAAGUCCAGAGUUGUUGAUGUUUCUAGCUGUGUGGACUUUACUGCUGCCACAUGUAAUGUUUUCUGCCUACUGUGGGAGCUCCUUGUUCAUACUAUGCUCGGUUGUUUUCCAGCCAAAACUCGUCAAAACAAAAAGACAACCCUCCCACCAAUGACGAUUUAUAAACAACUUUCCCUCAGCAAUGUACAAAAUGCUAUCUGUGGUAAAGACUUACUAUUUAACAAAUGUAGGACAUAAUUUAAACAAGACUUUAUCGAUACAAAACAUGAUCCUGAUAUAAGAAAAGAUAGCCAUUUCGGUUCAAUGUUAGUAAAUUUCUGCUUCAGCAAAUGUAAAUAAAACGUUUAAAAAUUGUAAAUAUAAUAUUUUCAUAACAUACACAUUUAACUGAACAAAGUUACAGGACCAGACAAAUUCCCUUUUUGACCAGGAGUAAUUGUUGAAAAGGGAGAGGAAUUCUUGAAAUAGUGUUUUUUAAGAAUUUGCUUUUCAUGUCACUAUUAUGCUAUACCAGUAUCAAAUGGAUGCAGUAUAUAUACAGCAGCAGGUCACCGUAAUCCGACUUGGACAAUGGAUAAAAUCACGAACACCUGCUCACGUUUGUUUAUGACGCUCAUUACCGAAGUGCGCAUGCGCAGGAUUUGCACUUAACCACAGCCUGAUGGCAACAGGCUAUGUCUGAUUUCGCGCGCUCUCGGAUCGCACAAUGAGGAUUCGUCUUUGUUAGUGGAUUUCUAGGAAAAAAAACAUAAAUAAUAACAUUUUUAUGACAAAUCCAAAUUACAUUAAUCCUUUUAUUUUUCAGUAGCACUGAUUUUGUGAGAUAUUAUAGUGUUGGACAUACCAUUUUAGAGAUAAAAAUAGAUAUAAAAUGGCCUUGAAUUUUCAUGCACCAUUGGAUCAAUACGAUUUUGAGGUUAUUCAAAGUGAUCUAAUUUUUAAAAUAUUUAUCUGGUGGAUUCAAAAUAAAUGCGUGAAAUCAAUGCAUUAAGGGUGAAUCUUUAAUUUGGUGCUAGAUUUUUGUCUCAUUUUGUCUCCAUUCAUUUUCUAUUAAAAAUCACUGAUGAACUUUGUGCAAAAUUUGCGACUCGAUUUUUUCGUUGGUUGAAAAGGUCCGUGGAAUAAACGUUUUAUAAUAAUGUUCUGCA